AUGGAAGGAAAUCGAAUCAAACAGCGAUGCAAGAGUAUGAAUAUCAAAAAGGAGACCGUAGAUCUCUUUGAAAUUCUCCUGCGAGUUGUUGAUGGCUCUCACAAAGUCUUACGAGGAUGGUGGAGAAGCCUUCUUCUAAGGCUUGGUUCAAGACAGAUCGGAUCGAGAGGGCUUCCGCUACCAAUGGGGAUGAGACGAAUCUCUCGGCUGAAUGGCCUCCCGGUGGAGUCCACAAAUCUCCAUCCCGAUCCACUAAUGGCGGUGUCCUUACACCAAGCUCCAUCCGUGAAGCAGGUAAUGAGCUCUGGCUUUAUUGCUUUACGCCUUUUUUUGUCGUACUACUUGCUUCACGUAUCUAACGAAAAAGAUGUAUUGCUUUACGCCUUUACGUAA